AUGGCCAGCAUCAAGGAAACCACCACGAUAAGGGUGGCAUCCCCAACAGGACCAGUCACCCGCACAAUCCUCCGGACGCCCUUGAGAGAUGCGCUCCCCUCCGAGAUCCCCGUCAUCGACGUGUCGCCCAUUUUCAGCUCGUCCCUCGAGAAUCGCAAGUCCGUUGCCCACCAGGUUCGCAGUGCUGCCACCAACACGGGGUUUUUCUACAUCAAGAACCACGGCAUUCCCCAAGACAUCACAGAGGCCUCUUACAAUGCAGCCCUAGAGUUUUUCCGCCAAGAUUUGGACACAAAGAACAAGGCAUCCAUAACCGAAAGUGCUUGCUACAAUGGCUACCGAGCCCCAGACACUCAGCAAAUCAACCCUGAUGAGGGCGUCGACCUGCGGGAGAGUUUUUCCUUCACCUAUGAUCCCAGAAACGACCCCGAGGUCGAAGACGUACAGGGCAUUCCGGAAAACGUCAUGAACUACAUCCACAUGGAGGAGGGCCACUGGGAGAACACGAGAAACCUCCCUCACCUGAAAAGCGCGCUCCUCAAACACUACCAGUCGUGUCUACACCUAGCGAGAGCUCUUACUCGUACGUUUUCCUUGUCGCUGGGGCUUCCUGAAACCGCACUCGACAGCAAGGUCGUGUAUCCCGAUGCCGGUAUGCUCAUGAACUACUAUCCCCCAAUCCCAGAGGGUUCGGUCGUGGCCCCCGUCAACCCCGAUUCCAGAGUCUCCAUCGGCUCUCACACAGACUUCCCGGCCUUCACCAUCCUCUGGCAAGACGGUGUUGGCGGGCUUCAGGUUCUCAAUAGAGACGGGCAAUGGAUCAAUGCGAAGCCGAUUCCGGGCACCUUUGUAGUAAACAUUGCAGAUAGUCUACAGAGAAUCACAAACGGCAAAUACCUCAGCACUGUCCACCGAGCCCAGAACAGGAGUGGCAAGGAGCGAGUGAGCAUAGGCUUCUUCUGGGGCUUCGGCUUUCACGAGACGUGCGCCGUGCUGGACGGGUGUCUCGCGCCAGGGGAGAAGAAGAAGUACGAGGACGUCAACUGCUGGGAGUGGCUGAAGAAGCGGGUAGACGAUAUGACGGAGCUAGGUGGAUAA